GCCAAGGCGACGUGGGUAGGAGGAGAAGAGGAAGGAGGGAGAAGGAAGGAUGGGCGGCCUUGGCGUAGCCGCAGGGAGGUGACUGAAGCGAGUCCAGCCCCUUGCAUCCUCCCCCUGAGAACCUCCCUCCCCCUUUUUCCGCCUUCUGCCAGCAGUAGCAGCAGCCGCAGCACCUGAGCCGCUGCUGCCGCUUGCUCAGGACAACGCUAUGGCUGAGCCUGGGCGCAGCCUCCAUCCCUCUGCCAGAGGCAGGGGAAGAACUGAGCGGCGCACACUCCGGCUUCUGUGGCUGCUGCUCUGGGUUGGGACCGCCUUCCAGGUGACCCAGGGAGCGGGACCGGAGCUUCACGCCUGCAAAGAGUCUGAGUACCACUAUGAGUACACCGCGUGUGACAGCACAGGUUCCAGGUGGAGGGUCGCCGUGCCGCACACCCCGGGCCUAUGCACCAGCCUCCCCGACCCCGUCAAGGGCACUGAGUGCUCCUUCUCUUGCAAAGCCGGGGAGUUUCUGGACAUGAAGGAGCAGUCUUGUAAGCCAUGCGCCGAGGGUCGCUACUCCCUUGGCACAGGCAUCCGGUUUGAUGAGUGGGACGAGCUGCCCCAUGGCUUUGCCACCAUCUCAACCAACAUGGAAAUUGAAGACAGCACUACGGAGUCCACGGAGAACUGCACUUUGUCCAAGUGGGUUCCCCUGGGCGACUACAUCUCCUCCAACACGGACGAAUGCACGGCCACGCUGAUGUACGCUGUCAACCUGAAGCAGUCCGGCACUGUCAACUUCGAGUACUACUACCCAGACUCCAGCAUCAUCUUUGAGUUUUUUGUCCAGAAUGACCAGUGCCAGCCCAGUGCAGAUGACUCCAGGUGGAUGAAGACCACAGAGAAAGGAUGGGAAUUCCACAGUGUGGAGCUAAAUCGAGGCAAUAAUGUCCUCUACUGGAGAACCACGGCCUUCUCAGUGUGGUCCAAAGUGUCCAAGCCUGUGCUGGUGAGAAACAUCGCCAUAACAGGGGUGGCCUACACUUCAGAAUGCUUCCCCUGCAAACCCGGCACAUACGCAGACCAGCAGGGCUCCUCCUUCUGCAAACUUUGCCCAGUCAACACUUAUUCAAACAAGGGAGAAACUUCUUGCCACCAGUGUGACCCUGACAAAUAUUCAGACAAAGGGUCCUCCUCCUGCAGAGAGCGCCCCGCCUGCACAGACAAGGACUACUUCUAUACUCACACAGCCUGUGAUGCCAACGGAGAGACGCAGCUCAUGUACAAAUGGGCCCAGCCGAAAAUCUGUGGUGAGGAUCUCGAGGGGGCGGUGAAGCUGCCCGCCUCUGGCGUGAAGACCCGCUGCCCGCCCUGCAACCCAGGCUUCUUCAAAACCAACAGCAGCACCUGCGAGCCCUGCCCUUACGGCUCAUACUCCAACGGCUCUGACUGUAGCCACUGCCCAGCUGGGACUGAACCUGCUGUGGGAUUCGAAUACAAAUGGUGGAACACGCUGCCCACGAACAUGGAAACGACUGUUCUCAGUGGGAUCAACUUCGAGUACAAGGGCAUGACAGGCUGGGAGGUGGCUGGUGAUCACAUUUAUACAGCUGUUGGAGCCUCAGACAAUGACUUCAUGAUUCUCACUCUGGUUGUGCCAGGAUUUAGACCUCCACAGUCGGUGAUGGCAGACACAGAGAAUAAAGAAGUGGCCAGGAUCACAUUUGUCUUUGAGACCAUCUGUUCUGUGAACUGUGAGCUCUACUUCAUGGUGGGUGUGAAUUCCAGGACCAACACUCCUGUGGAGACAUGGAAAGGUUCCAAAGGCAAACAGUCCUACACCUACAUCAUUGAGGAGAACGCCACCAUGAGCUUCACCUGGGCCUUCCAGAGGACCACUUUUCAUGAGAUAGGCAGAAAGUACACCAAUGAUGUUGCCAAGAUCUACUCCAUCAAUGUCACCAAUGUCAUGGAUGGAGUAGCCUCCUACUGCCGUCCUUGUGCCCUGGAAGCCUCUGAAAUGGGCUCCUCCUGCACCUCUUGUCCUGCUGGCUAUUACAUUGAUCGAGAUUCAGGAACCUGCCACUCCUGCCCCCCGGACACAAUCCUGAAAGCCCACCAGCCUUAUGGCAUCCAGGCCUGCACGCCCUGUGGUCCAGGGACCAAGAGCAACAAGAUCCACUCUCUGUGUUACAACGACUGCACCUUCUCAGUCAGCACUCCGACCAGGACUUUCGAAUACAACUUCCUGCCUCUGGCAAACCCCGUCUCUCUGGCUGGAGGGCCAAGCUUCACCUCCAAAGGGCUGAAAUAUUUCCAUCACUUCACCCUCAGUCUCUGUGGAAACCAGGGUAAGAAAAUGUCUGUGUGCACCGACAAUGUCACUGACCUCCGGAUUCCUGAGGGUGAGUCAGGUUUCUCCAAAUCCAUCACAGCCUACAUCUGCCAGGCGGUCAUCAUUCCCCCAGAGGUGACAGGCUACAAGGCCGGAGUGUCCUCGCAGCCUGUCAGCCUCGCUGAUCGACUCAUUGGGGUGACAACAGAUAUGACUCUCGAUGGAAUCACCUCCCCAGCUGAACUUUUCCACCCGGAGUCCUUGGGAAUACCGGACGUGAUCUUCUUUUAUAGGUCCAAUGAUGUCACCCAGUCCUGCAGUUCUGGGAGAUCAACCACCAUCCGCGUCAGAUGUAGUCCACUAAAAUCUGUCCCUGGAAGUCUGUCACUGCCAAGCACUUGCUCUGAUGGGACCUGCGAUGGCUGUAACUUCCACUUCCUGUGGGAGAGUGUGGCCGCUUGCCCGCUCUGCUCGGCUGCUGACUACCACACUAUCGUCAGCAGCUGUGUGGCUGGGAUCCAGAAGACUACUUACGUGUGGCGAGAACCAAAGCUAUGCAUGGGUGGCAUCUCCCUGCCUGAGCAGAGAGUCACCAUCUGCAAAACGAUAGAUUUCUGGCUGAAAGUAGGCAUCUCUGCAGGCACCUGCACUGCCAUCCUGCUCACCGUCUUGACCUGUUACUUUUGGAAAAAGAAUCAAAAGCUGGAGUACAAGUACUCCAAGCUGGUGAUGAACGCCACCCUCAAGGACUGUGACCUGCCAGCAGCCGACAGCUGUGCCAUCAUGGAAGGCGAGGAUGUGGAGGAUGACCUCAUCUUUACCAGCAAGAAGUCACUCUUUGGGAAGAUCAAAUCAUUUACCUCCAAGUUGAUGGACUGUUUGGGCCUUUUAACUUCCAGAAGGAGUACUGAACCAUCCAUGUUCAGCCAGCUCCUGUCACCAUCUCUCUUUCAGAGGACUCCUGAUGGAUUUGACUCGGUGCCACUGAAGACAUCCUCAGGAGGCCCGGACAUGGACCUGUGAGAGGCACUGCCCUGCCUCACCUGCCUCCUCGCCUUGGCACGUCACCUAGCAGGCCUGUAGCGAUCUGGGUGCCAGCUUCCUGCAACACCCACUGCUGGAAAUCUCUUCAUUGUGGCCUUAUCAGAAGAAGUUUGAAUUUCAGAUUUUUGUUUUUUUACAGAGUACCCAAGCCCUCCUUUCUGCUUACGUCAAACCUGCCAAAUAUACCCACACUCUGUUUGUAUAUUA